AGAAGGUCGACCUCAGUGUCCUUGGCAAUUUUUAUUUAACUAUCCUAGCAUUAUUUAUGUGACUUUUUGCAUAUCUAUUAUAAUCUUAGCAAUUGUAUACCUUUAAAGCUUUUACGAUUGUUGCUGAAUGAAAAAGUUUGAUUUGAUUUGAUUUGAUAAGGUUGUUGCAUCAAAGGCGAUGGAGGCAAAUAUUCCAACUCAGGAGCCCCCCAAGCCAAAGUUUGCACUGGCGUCCCUGGACCAAUGCCAAGUUGGCAAAAAACAAAAAGAGCGCGAACAAAGUUUUGGCGCCUCGCUCGCGUGGGUCACGUUGCCGUGUGGUCAAGGACGGUCUCAUCUGCUAAAGAAAGUGGUAUUUGGGCAAGUUGCUUUUACUUUGUCGCUUGUCUACUGAGAGGCACAUGAACAAUAUGGCAUCACCCAAUUGGUUGAAUGAAUCAUUGGAAAAGAAUGACGCUGAAAUUUAUGAUUUGAUCUGCAAGGAAAAGGAACGGCAAAUCAAAUGCCUAGAGCUAAUUGCAUCAGAAAAUUUUACAAGCGCUGCUGUUAUGCAGGCCCUUGGAUCUUGUUUGACUAACAAGUAUUCAGAAGGAGAAGUUGGGAUGAGAUAUUACAGUGGUAAUGAUCAUAUUGACAAGAUUGAAGACCUUUGCAAGUCACGAGCACUUUCUGUCUACAGGCUGGAUCCAGAAAAAUGGGGAGUAAACGUCCAACCCCUGUCCGGGUCUCCAGCUAAUUUUGAAGUCUACACUGGCUUGUUAAAACCACACGAUCGAAUUAUGGGAUUGGAUCUUCCUGACGGUGGACAUCUUACUCAUGGCUUCAUGACGGAAAAACGAAGGGUUUCUGCGACAUCAAUCUAUUUUGAAUCGAUGCCUUACAAAGUGGACCCAAAAACUGGUCUUAUUGACUACGACCAGCUUGAAAAUUCAGCAAAACUGUUCCGGCCGAAGCUUAUCGUUGCCGGGAGCAGUGCGUAUUCUCGUGAAUUCGAUUACGCUAAAUUUCGCUCUAUUUGUGACUCUGUUGGCGCUGUACUUUUAGCUGAUAUGGCACAUAUCAGUGGGUUAGUAGCUGGCAACGCUCUUAAGUCGCCGUUCGACUAUGCGGACGUUGUCACAACAACAACACACAAGAGUCUUCGUGGACCACGCGCGGGGAUGAUUUUCUACAGAAAGGGAGUUAAAACUGUAAACAGUAAAGGAGAACCUAUCAAAUACGACUAUGAAAGCCGCAUUAACCAAGCGGUGUUUCCUGCCUUGCAAGGCGGUCCCCAUAAUAACAAUAUAGCAGCAAUAGCUGUAGCUUUGAAACAGGCGGGUACUGACGAGUUUCGGGCGUAUGUGCAGCAGAUAAUCACAAACGCACGGGUAUUGUCAGAUUUCCUGAAGGACAAGGGCUACGCAGUCAUCACUGGUGGCACUGAUAUGCACAUGUUUUUAGUAGACUUGAAACCACAGGGAAUCGAUGGCAGCAAAGCAGACAGAGUACUUGAGCUCUGUAGUGUAACAGCAAAUAAGAACACAGUCCCUGGUGACAAAAGUGCACUGCGAGCAGGCGGUUUGCGGAUAGGGACGCCUGCGCUGACAUCACGGAACAUGAAGGAGGCUGAAAUGCAAAUUGUCGGUGAUUUCAUGCAUGACGCCAUUCGAAUUGCAGUUCAAGUUGAAAGGUCUUUCAAUUUAUCAGGGAAAAUGUCAACCUUUGCAGAAUUUAAGAAAAAGUUGCAAGAACCAGAGUUCGCAACCAAAAUUGACGAGGUUAGAGAGAAAGUUGAACAGUUUGCCAGCAAGUUUCCGAUGCCUGGUUUAUAAAAAGCAAACAUUGGUAGACUCAAAAGAUUUGUGUAAUCAAUUUCCAUAUUUUAUUUAAAUAUUAAGAUAUAACAGAAGUCCGAACAUGGUAGUCAUUUGUGAUUAUUCAUUUUAUG